AUGCUCAUCGAAGAAUCAUACAAGGAUGUGCCGACCAAGGCCGCGGGCGAGGGUUCAAUGCUAACCGGCCCCGUCGCCCGCUUUGCCCGCCAGAUCGCCGGCCAAGGCUACAUCGUCGCCGCCCCCUCGUCCUACCACGAAUUCACCGGUCCCGAGCCGCUGGCCUACGACGGGCCCGGCACCGACGCGGGGAACGAGUGGAAAAUCACCAAGAAGGUGGCCGCGUACGACGAGGACGCGCAGCUGGCUGUGUCGCUGUUGCUGGGGCUCAAGACGUGCAACGGCAAGGUCGGCGCCACGGGCAUGUGUCUCGGCGGACACCUGGCGUACCGCUGUGCCUUGGACCCGCGGGUCAAGGCCGCGCUGUGUUUCUUCGCCACCGACAUCCACAGCCACAGCCUCGGGGAAGGGAAGAACGACGACUCCCUGAAGCGGGCGGGCGACAUCAAGGGCGAACUGGUCAUGAUCUUUGGCAAGAGCGACAACCACGUCCCGCCCGAGGGCCGGGACUUGAUCCGCAAGACCCUCCACGAGAAAGGCGUCGAGUUCUCCUUCUACGAGGUGUGUGGCGCACAGCACGCCUUUGUGCGCGACGAGUUGAGCAAAGGCCGUUACGACCCGGCUAUCACGAAAGUCUGCUUUGAGAUGCUGCUCGAGCUGUUUGGCCGAAAGCUCAAGAUCGACCUGGGCGAGCCGAGCGGCGAGAAGCUGGUCAUUGAAGACGUGUGCUGA